AUGGCCAACGUGGUCGGAUUGCUGCUUACAGCGGUUAAUUUUUACUGUCACUUGAUCGGCUUAAGCAACUUUGAAUAUGACUGGCGAACAGGACAAUUUUGGACUUUGUCCAUCACAAAUCUGGCCAUCUUACAGUAUUGCCUGACAGUGCUUUCCGUUCGGGCGAAAUAUAAACGUUUAAGUACGGAGCUACGGCAAAUAAUGAAAGAAUGCGAGGAAUUGAGCUUAGUUACCCAGCGAAAUGGUGUUUUCAUGACCAGAUGUUGCUAUUUGUCGGAUCGGUUGGAAGAAAUGGCUCUACGCCAGGAUCAACUGCAGUCAAUUGUGGUCGAGUUAAAUAAAACAAUUGGGUCCCAGGGGGUACUGGUUUAUAGCGGAUACUACAUAUCAAUGGUGUUCUGCUCGUACCUGACCUACAGUCUUAUUAAAAAUGGCAGGGAGUAUUUCUGUUUGUCGCUUAAACAUGUCAUUCUGUCCUACGCUUGGAAUUUUUUCUACUACUUCGACGCCUUGAUCAACUUUUCUCUAAUACUUUCCUUUUUGGAUGAUCACAAGGAGGUGAUUCGUCUUUUGGAGAAUAGAACAUUGUUUGCUUCUCGAUUGGACAGUCGCCUGGAAGAAUCUCUUGAAAAGUUUCAACUGCAACUGAUCCGAAACCCGUUGAAAUUGACCAUCAUGAAUUUGUUUCCCAUCAGUCGAAAUUGUACAGCUGCAAUGUGUGGAUCUAUUGUGACGCAUACAAUAGUCCUCAUUCAAUACGACUUGGAAAACUUUUAA